GGACUUGACUCCCAAAGUCUCGAACCUCUAUAUUGGACCGAGUUGGGACUGCAAAAGACCAGAAAGCCAUCACUGGACUAUAUCUCUUGAAGAAACCGUAUCAACUUGAUAUACUCGAGCUCAGGUUGUCCAGCUUCGAUUUGGACAAAAUACCUGUCGUUUUCACACAAGACCACCAUCCUCAUCAACCACUCCACCAAGUCUAUAGCCCUUACAUCUACCAAAAUCCUCAAAGAAAAGGCGAAUCAAGUACAAGAGCAAGGAACACAACCAUCACCACACACAAAAUGGCGAACUCCCAUCAAAUCCCAACAGACGACCCCUUCGACUCGCUCCUAACCCUCGAAGACACCCUCUACACCACCGCCUACACGGCCGGUACCAACGCCGGCGCCCUCGCCGGCCGGAUCGAAGGACGAGUCUUCGGGCUAGAAAACGGCUUUGAGAAGUUUGCAGCCCUGGGCGCCCUGCACGGUCGAGGCGUGAUAUGGGCCGCUCGAAUACCCUCUCUCUCAUCCACAUCCACAUCCACACAAACACAAACGCAAACACAAGCAAACCACCCUCCUGAAACGCCCCUCUUCCCACAACUCCCCCCCUCCGCCCGCCUAACCUCCAACACAACGCUCCUACACUCCCUAACCGACCCCCUCACCUUCUCCACCGCAAACACCGAAGGCGCAGUCGCAGAUUUCGACGACAGACUGAAGCGCGCAGGCGCAAAAGCAAAAGUCAUUGAGCGUAUUGUGGGGGAGAUGCCGUUUUCCUCGUCAUCGUCAACAUCAACAUCGGCAGGAGGAGCAAAGCAAGAUGGCGAUGUAGAUGCAGAUGCAGAUGCAGACUCACCGCCAACGAGGGGCAGCAAGAAGGGGCGGAGCGGCAAUGUGAAGAUGGCUGGGGAGGGGAGGAAGAAGGGCGAUGACAGUAUGGAGGAUUUUGGGGGGUCGCGGUUCUUGAGAUGAUGCUGGUUGUGCUGAGAAUGGGGGUUUGGAUGGUGCGUCUCGCGGAUGACAUACGUGGGUUGUUAGUUCCUGGCUGUCAAGGCGUAGUGUGCAAGUCC